CUCAGUAAAAUUGCUGUAUCUGUUUUUUUUUUAUUAUUAUGAAUACAAUAUAUUUCAAGAACAGCCAAUCUUCAUAAGGCUGACUCGCAACAUGACACAGUUUAGCUUAUGUUGAAUGGCCAAUUUCAUAAGCCUGUGUUGACAUUAGAUUUUUUAGUACUUAUAUUUGGAUAUAUAUAUUUACGUCACGCACAAAGACCAUAUUAUAUAUGUAACUAUGGAGGUGACAGGUUCUAAAAGUAAGAGACAAGUAUUUAUCAAAGUAUCAUUUCUGAAAAUCGGCGAAAUUGACACGCUUAAAGAAAAUUUCUCAGCAGAUGUUUACAUACAGUCCAGAUGGAGAGAACCCCAACUUGACAAACAAGCAGCUAAUUCCACAGACAUCGACUGGAAGGCUUACUGGGAUGCAAAGAUAAAAGUGCAGAAUGUCCUAUCGGAGACUAGACAUGAUCAUUGGAAAGUUCUACAGUUAGAAAACGGAGAAGCUUUUGUUAUAGAUAAACAAAGAAUCAAGGCGACAUUCGCUGAAAAUUUAGAACUCUUGUUGUUUCCAUUUGACAUCCAGGAUUUAUCAGUGAAUGUCAGUACAGAACAUUCCGAAGCUGAUGUAGAACUGUUGGAGGAAGUUAAAGAAAUCUCAAGUGUUCAUACAGAAACUUUUGCAAAACAACAAGAGUGGCAUUUGUUUGAGUUUGUUGAGUUCACACCAAAGGUUUCAACCAAAGAAUAUGCAAAUACCAAAUACAAACAUCCAGGUCUGAUAAUAUCAUGCAAUGCAAGACGCCGUGCAGGAUUUUUUGUUUGGAAUGUUUUACUUAUCAUGACACUUAUUAGUUCAUUGUCGAUAGCCACAUUUUCUGUAGACAGGAACAAGCCACAGAAUCGACUUCAGCUAUCAUUUACACUUGUCUUAACUGGAGUUGCCUUUAAAUUCGUUGCAAAUCAAACUAUACCAAAAAUAUCUUAUUUGACACAAUUGGACCGGUAUAUACUUGGAAGCAUGACGUUUCUUUACCUUGUGUGUAUAUGGCAUUCCAUAGUUGUUCUGAUAUCCGACGAAGAUGACGGAAAUUCAGCAGAUAAAUGGGCAUUAGUCACUUUCAUCAUACUGUUUUCAAUCUUUCAAAUAGCAUUCUUUGUAAAUGUAUUAAUACAAGGAUAUAGAAGAUGGCGUCAUGCAAAAACAAUAGAAGAAAAAUAUGAGGAAAAGUAUAAGAAUAUUUGUGGAGAGAAGAUGUCACCCAAGAAAAAAAAGAGUAACCCGUUCAGGAAGAUGGUAACAGUCGGAUCAAUAGCUCUCUCUUCAAAACUUUUAUAAAUGUCAUGUCGAAACAAGAAGAUUAUCAAACGUAUACAAUCCACAUUUUGUAUACAUAUCAUAUUUGUAAAUUAACUUUCAUACCAGUGCCUAUCGUGAAAACAAGUUAUCAGAGCGAUGUUUUUUUUUAAUUUUCAUUUCUUUUCAACAAAUUACUUUUUGAUCAUUUUAAUCUAUAAGCUGAAAAACGAACUAGGCAUAAAAGCACAGCAUGAAAAGAGUUAACUUGUACGGAAAUAGACGAACAAUCUUUUAUAAGCAACGUUCAUUAACGUAAAGAUUAUCUUUCUAGCAGCAUUGAUUUCUUCAUAAAAUUGACAAAAAACAAUUACACUAUCAUAUAUUA